AUGCAGCUGUCAGUUUUGACAGCUGACCUAACCUUGGAACCACUUACGGAAUUUUUACUAAACAAUUUAAUAAUCAACGAGCAAAGUACACGUCCGUGUAGUUUACAGUACAUCAUGUUCGUUUUCACGCGAAUUGUGGCCCAAAAUGUCAAAUCGCGGGGCAUAGCCUCCCUGGCAGCCCUCUCUGAGACGCACCAAAUGUUGCAAAAGACCUGUCGCGACUUUGCCGACAACGAGCUAAAGCCCAUCGCGGCGAAAAUCGACCGUGAGCACCUGUACCCCAAAGAACAGAUCCGCAAAAUGGGCGAAUUGGGGCUCAUGGCCGUGGCCGUCCCUGAAGAAUUCGGGGGCACGGGCCUAGAUUACGUGGCGUACGCCAUCGCCAUGGAGGAGAUUUCCAGAGGGUGCGCCAGUGCCGGUGUUAUUAUGUCUGUUAAUAAUUCGUUGUAUUUAGGGCCGAUUCAAUAUUUCGGAAAUAAAGAACAGAAGGAGAAAUUUAUCGCGCCGUUUACGAACGGCGAUAAGGUGGGGUGCUUUGCCCUGUCCGAGCCGGGGAACGGGUCCGAUGCGGGGGCUGCCUCCACGACGGCGAGGCUGGACGGGGACCAGUGGAUGCUCAAUGGGACCAAGGCCUGGAUCACUAACGGCUUUGAGAGUGAAGCAGCCGUGGUUUUGGCCACAACAGACAAAAGUUUAAAACAUAAAGGCAUUUCGGCGAUAAUCGUCCCCAAGCCAACAAAGGGGCUCGAACUGGGCAAAAAGGAGGACAAGUUGGGGAUUCGGGGCUCCUCCACGUGCUCCCUCAUCUUCGAAGACUGCCAAGUCCCCAAAGCCAACCUUUUGGGGGAACCUGGACAAGGUUUCAAGAUCGCGAUGAUGACACUGGAUGCGGGCCGUAUCGGCAUUGCCUCGCAGGCCCUAGGCAUCGCCCAGGCCUCCCUCGAGGUGGCUGCCGAAUACGCCUCCAAACGGAUGGCCUUCGGAAAGCCCCUCCUUAAGCUCCAAACAAUUCAAAAUAAAUUGGCCGAAAUGGCCUUGCGUUUGGACGCGGCACGGCUUUUGACAUGGAGGGCUGCCUGGCUUAAAGACAACCACAAGAACUUCACCAAGGAGGCUGCCAUGGCCAAGCUGGCGGCCAGCGAAGCUGCGACUUAUUUGAGCCACCAGUGUAUACAAAUUUUGGGGGGCAUGGGCUACGUCUCGGACAUGCCGGCCGAAAGGCACUAUCGGGACGCCAGAAUCACCGAAAUUUACGAAGGCACAAGCGAAAUACAGCGACUUGUAAUCGCAGGGAAUUUGAUCAAGGAGUUGGGACUAUAACCUGAUUUAUCGUUUUGUACUGUACUGUAUCGUGUGUCAAUAUAUUUUUUAAGCCCUAA